AUGCCUCAGGUAAGUCGGUUCUCGAAUGCCAAGAACGGCACGCAAAGCUUCCCAGCAGUGAGCCAUAUGACCGACCGGCUAUCUAACAUGUUCCCAAAACAACAGAUCAAGUGCAUCCUGUUUGAUUGCGACAACACGCUCGUUCUCUCCGAGAACGCGGCCUUUGAAGCCUGCGCCCAGCUCGCCAACCAGAUCCUCGAGAAGUUCGGCUUCGAGAAGCGCUAUGGCGGCACCGAGCUCAUGCACCAGUUCGUCGGCCAGAACUUCCGCAGCAUGAUGACCGGCCUCUGCUCCCGCCACGGCUUCACCAUCCCCGCCGACGAGUUCGACGAGUGGGUGGCCAAGGAGCUCGACACCACCAUCGCCAACCUGCGCGCCAAGGCCGAGCCCUGCGAGAACGUCAUCGAGGUCCUCGAGAAGCUCCAAAAGGACGGCAAGUACCACAUGGCCAUCGUCUCCUCGUCCGCCAUGCCACGCGUCGUCGCCUCCAUCGAGAAGACCAAGAUGGACCAGUUCUUCGGCAAGCCCGACGAGGGCAUCUUCUCCGCCGCCAGCAGCAUCAACCCCCCGGUCUCCAAGCCCAACCCCGCCAUCUACCUCCACGCCUGCGAGAAGCUCGGCUUCAAGCCCAGCGAGUGCAUCGCCAUCGAGGACAGCAGGAGCGGCGCCACCGCCGCCAAGAAUGCCGGCAUCCCCCUCCUCGGCUACGUCGGCCCCUACUACGAGGAGGGCCAGGAGAAGCUCGACUCCAUGGUCAAGCUCUUCAGCGAGGAGCUCGGCGCUUUCGACGUGAUGCACAACUGGAAAGACUUUGAGAGCAUCUUGGCCAAGUACGAGAGCUCAUAG